UAAAGCCACAGACCAUGAAAUCCCAAGUAGAACAACGCCAUGGCGUCGAAAGCUGUGCUCGUGGCCUGCGGGUACUUGGAUUCUGGACCUUGGUCGCUGUGGCAGCUGGUACUGAUUGUACGACGGAGACGAGUGUGUGCUACCAGGGUACGAACUUGGCCAUCACCUUGGAUGUGAAUUCCAUAGCUCAGGGCUGUCAAGAGGUUGGGAAUGCAGCUGCCUGUUGUGACUUGUGCGCUCAGUACUGGCCGCAGUGCCUCUCGUGGCAAUUUAUCAUCGAAGGUAACAAUGAUAAUGGAUAUGCAGGAAUGGCAUUUUAUUGCUGCCUGAAGGGAAGCUAUCGUCCGGACCCAUUGUCUGCUGCUUAUUGUUCGUCGGGAUACUUCAACCCCCAGUGUACACUUACUGAAUCUUGUAGCUUUCAGGUUUCGGGCACGAGCCUCACAGAGGCAUCAGCUGUAGUCGCCGAGACUGGCACCUCAUGUGGGGACGCCGGCUAUGCAGCUGAGACCUGGAAUGGCAUCACCAACCCACAGAAUGCAACGUCAUACAGCGAUCCUACAGCUGUGUUUGAUUUCGGAACUGCUUCUAGCGGCACUGUUGGAGAUUACAUCCUUUGCCACGGGUCAUCGAUCAAUGCAGCCGACUUCCCGGAUCAUGUUGGCAGCUUCACCAUGAAAGGGCCUUCCACUGGACAAUCUUUUUCCUGCACGUUGGGAGCUGAUUGCAUUCUGACACUGGCAGGCUUCAGCCAAGCGGCUUCACCUGCCAGCUACAAGGUGGUGAUCACAGCUGCAACUUCCUGCGGAACUGGGCUGACGGCUGCCAGCUUUUCCGGAACCUUUGAGAACCCCAGAGCUGUGUGGGACAAUGACAAUGACAACUACUAUGAGAUGAAAGUUGGAACUGAAGGUGACACCACAGUAACGUACAAAGUUUGCUGGUCUGCGAACCCGGCAUCCCUGGAUGAAUAUAUCCUCCACGUCGGCGACUUCACCAUGAAUGGCCCUACCACUGGAAUGUCGCACGCUUGUACCAUGGGAAAGACAUGCACUUUAACCUUGCAGGGCUCAGGCUUUUCACAAAACAAUGGGGUGCUGGUAGCAGUUGGUGCUUCGGGUGUGUGCCCUCUCCUGGUUGACAGUUUGGUCAGCUCCUUUGGAUCCAGCUUCGUGCACCCCACAUUGCCACAAGCCUCGCCAUACACAGUGUUCUCGUUCGGAAGCCCGCUGAGUGCCCAUGACAACCAGCCAGGCAGUGGAUAUCGCGUGUGUUGGUCGUCAUCACCGACUCAAACUCCGCCUUCGAAGGUCAACGCUGACUAUUCCAUUGAUGCUGGCCUGUUCACACUCAACGGUCCGGUGCAAACUAACCACCAGUGUGUUUUGACCCAACCCUGUGAGAUCACUUUGACAGGCUCAGGCUUGAGCACCAUUGGUACUCAUGGCCUCCUUCUGUUGGAGGAAGGUGCUUCGUGCGGCCAAGCCGCUGACCUGGUCAAUGCGUCUGGUGCAUCCUGGACUAACCCAGCAGCUGCAUCUGGCACCAGCCUUGACACAUUUGUUUUUGACACUUCAACGCAAGGUGUGCCAUUGAGCAGUUAUGUCAUUUGUUGGGCGUUCGGACCUACAACUCCAUUGGAUUACAACGUCUACGUGGGCACUUUCGAACUGGGAGGUCCUGACCUUCUUUAUGGGUCCACAUGUGUGAAGGGCGAGAGCUGUGUCAUCACGCUGACGGGAAUAGCCUUUGCCAGCACCAACAAGAUUCUAGUUGUCGACACCGGCAGCGAAUGUGGUUCCAGCGCAGUUCCAGCGACUUUCAGCCCCAUGGAAGUGGAGAAACUGGUGCAAGACGGGACGUUCACGGAAUACCAGCUAGGGAGGCCCAACACAGGCACCGCGCAAUCAGGCUACACCAUUUGCUGGUCUGCAAGCCCCAGCUCGACCGCCGACUUCCCCCUAACCCUGGGAGAUUUCACAGUGACAGGCCCGAAUGUGCAAAACGUUGCUUGUACUCUGGGGCUUUCAUGCAUUGUGGAGCUCAUAGGCCUUCAGAUGGAAAGCACAAACAAAAUGAUUGUGCUUUCUGCGGGAGAAUGUGGUGACAAUGGACCCACUCUCUCCUCUGUGACUGGCAUGCUGAAUUCCAUCACUGUGACGGGGCAAUCACCUUAUAAUAGCUACGACCUGAACACCCCCCUGGCUGGACAGCCCAGCACUGACUACAAGCUUUGCUGGUCGAGCGCGCCAGCAGAUGGUGCUGGCGCGGCCUUUUACCGAGUUCCUGUGGGACUUCUGACUUUGAAUGGCCCUGUGCAGGUCUCUCAGGCAUGCACGAUGUCAUUGGCAUGCCAGAUCACGCUUACAGGUGUUGGCUUGGCAGCCUCCAAUCAACUACUUCUCAUCCACUCAGAAAGUUCCUGUGGUGAUGUGUCGGCGACAACUGCAACCUUCGACGGUUUGACAAAUCCGGUAAGUCCUACAACAGGGAAUGUAGCUGUGUACGAUUUGGGCAUUGCACGGACAACGUCAGAUGGCCCGGGGAGCGGCUACACAGUCUGUUGGGGUCACAAUGGUGGUGUAGAUUACUGGAAUAUUCAACUUGGUACCUUCUCAAUCAGUGGCCCUGAUGCACAAACGACGGAGGUCACUUGUACUAUGGGCUUGAGCUGCAGCAUUCAAGUCACUGGAGUAAAUCUAGCUUCUACCAACAAGAUUGCAAUAACGGCGCUUUCAGAUAUUUGUGGACAGACAAGCUUAAACAUGGCCAUUUUUCCUGGCGCCGCCAAUCCCGUGAGCGCCUCAGGAAGCUUUGAUGUGUUUGAAGUGGGCAUUCCAACCGGUGGCAUGCCUGGAGACUACAAAGUCUGCUGGGGCUACUCACCAUCAGCCGAUACCGAUUAUCAUGUGCCUGUGCUGACCCUGCGCAUGGGUGGGCCUGUGGCAAGGAGUAGUGAAUGCACCUUGAGUGAGCCCUGCAAGAUUGAUGUGGAAGGUGUGCGACUUGCACAUACGAGCAAGCUGCUGUUCAUCUCUACUAGCAGCAGUUGCGGAGAUUCCUCUCCAACAAUUGUUCCAUGGAGUGGAUUCAACAAUCCGGCCAGCACAGACCUUUUAAUGGCACCUGCCAACCCUGGUUAUGUCUAUGCCAACGGGGACCGGUAUGAUGGCGGCAUCGGCUUUGCUGGCACCCCAGGAAGCUAUCAGGUGUGCUGGGGCUUUGACCCGACAAGCUAUGAUCAUUACAAUGUCCCUUUGGGCAGUUUCAUCAUGAAUGGACCGUUUCAAGGUCUGAAUGUUGCCUGCACUCUGGGAACCUCCUGUGUCAUUGAACCUACUGGUGUUGGCUUGAAUGACACCAAUCAGUUGCAGCUAGUUGCGGGUUCUGAGCUGUGUGGCUCGGCGGACAUUCAGGUCGCCACCAUUCAGGGGCUAUCGAACCCAGUCCUUGUAGCUGAUUCCAAGUUUACGCUGGGUGCUGCGGUGGUGGGUGGUAGCUACACUGCCUGCAAAGUACCUUCACCAGCUGACAGCUGCAUCGGUUCACACUAUCGACUUUGCUGGGCACAUGGUGUCUAUGAUGGGGGUGCCAAUUUUGUGGUGGAGCUGGGUGUGUUCAGCAUGAGUGGGCCCUACGGUACCUACAGGGUGGACUGCACCAUGGGAUCCAUUUGCAGCUUCACACUUUAUGGUUCAAAUUUGGCUCUUACAAACAGGGUCCUAAUUGUAGAGGAGCUCAGUUCUUGUGGUGAUGCUUCUCCAGUAAUAGUCUCCUUUGCUGGCCUGAUGAAUCCUGGCGUGUUCAGCCAGCUGGCCACAGAUAGCUCCUUUGCUACGGUGAGGCUGGGCAAAUCUCAUGCUGGGCGACCUGGAUCAUUCAGAUUGUGCUGGGGCUUCAGUCCUUUGGUUCUUUCAGAUUAUGUGGUGGAUGUUGGCAUGUUCUAUUUUCAUGAUGUUCCGGAAGGUUGUACUCCUGGAGCCUUCGGGCCGACCUGCUCAGUACCUCGUUGAGCCGGCGGAUCACGCUUGGCUCCGCAGUGCUCAGGGUGUGCUCGACGGGCCCUUUGUGUCAACUUGUUAAUGGCCCAUAGAUCCCAUAGGAACACCCAAUGGGUGAAGAAGCUUGAUUCCAAUGUGAAUUGAGUUCAUUGAUCUUGCUACAAGGCAAUGGUCAAAGGUUGUGAGAGGCAUGCGUUGCUAGACGUGUGUGACAUCAGCUUGGUGAAGUCAUGCGAGUAAACGACUGAAGAGCACCGUUACCGUAAACACACUGAUUUUUGCUCAGCUCGAGCCGGUGGCAUCAUGGGG